AGAUUAACACAGUAAAAGGUAUGAAAUGUUGGGCUUGUUAAACAUAUUUCAGUGUAUAUCGCUAUUUUACUCCUUCGCAAUAUAACAAAAUUAUAUUUUUAAAUUUAUUACUGAUUUAGAUGAAGAACCGUUUUGUGACACAACGAAACUAUCUCCUCCGGAACUUACUCGAUUGGCUCCACAGAUUAUCCGGAAAUGGAGAGAAAUUGCGGGAUUGGCUGAACUGGAUGAAGGUGAAGUAGAAAACGUAAAUCAGAGUAACAUUCCCUACCCAGAGGCAAAGGAUAAAGCCAGAAAAAUUUUGACUAUGAUCAGCAACAAACCUAAUUUUAGCCGCAAAAAACUUGCAGAACAUUUAGAAGAAGUAAAAUUAUGUAACCUGGUGGAUGUGGUAUUACGGGGAACGUCAAGGCUUUCUCCCCAUGGCGCUGGUUCGCAAAUCGCUUCACCAAAUAAAACUGUCGAAAGUAGGUAGUGACUUAAAUCGGCUUCUUAUUGUAUUUGGCUCAAGAGGAGAUAGAAAAUUUAAAAACAAAUUAUUCGGAAAUGGGC